CUCCCCUCUUCUCCAGUUCUGAUUUUUCCAAAGCAGUCGUCUCAAUUCCUCAGCAGCCUCUGGAUAUUACUAUCCUAACGUUCGAUUCUCUUACCUCUUCAAUUUCCUCUUUAUUGACACCUUCUGCCCGCCAUGGCGCAAAUCCGCGGCACCGCGGGCUAUAAUCUCGGACACCAGAACCCCUUCGGAGGCCCUGGGAGGGCAGACGCGACGAGCGACCCCAGUCCCUUGGAUGCUAUUCGAGAGCAGACCAGCAAGCUUGAGGACUGGUUGGAUACAUUGGCGGACCCGAUCAAGCCAUAUCUGCCAGCCAUCGGUCGUUUCUUAAUCGUUGUUACGUUCAUCGAGGACAGUCUGCGUAUCCUUACGCAAUGGACUGACCAGCUUAUGUAUCUGCGUGACUUCCGGAGCAUUCCCUGGGGUCUCACGCAUUCCUUCCUCAUCUUCAACAUCAUUGCCAUGUCGAUAUGCUCAUUCCUCGUCGUUGUCCGCAAGCACACUGAGGCAGCGGUCGCCGGUCUGCUCGCUGUCGUGGUCGCGCAGGGUCUCGGAUAUGGUCUCAUCUUUGAUCUCAACUUCUUUCUCCGCAACCUGAGUGUUGUCGGUGGUCUGCUCAUGGUUCUUUCCGACUCGUGGGUGCGCAAGAAGUUUGUCCCCGCCGGAUUGCCCCAGUUGGAUGAGAAGGAUCGCAAGAUGUACGUCCAGUUCGCUGGUCGCGUGCUCCUGAUCUUUCUGUUUGUUGGUUUCGUCUUUUCCGGCCAGUGGAGCUUGUGGCGUAUCAUUGUCAGUCUGUUCGGUCUUGUCGCGUGCGUCAUGGUCGUUGUUGGAUUUAAGGCCAAGUGGAGUGCCAUUCUCCUGGUUGUUUUGCUGAGUAUUUUCAACGUGCUCGUUAACAACUUCUGGACUCUUCACCCGCACCAUCCCCAUAAAGACUUUGCCAAGUACGACUUCUUCCAAGUUCUGUCCAUUGUCGGCGGUCUCGUGCUUCUGGUCAACAUGGGCCCUGGUCAAUUGAGUAUGGACGAAAAGAAGAAGGUGUACUAGAGGAGUUAUCUUCUAAUGGAAGCAUGACAAAUUUGGCAUUCACAAAAAAGGAAGAAAAAAAAUAAUAAAUUUUGUGCGGUACACUUCUGAUGAGCUAUUGAUGCCCGGUUAUACUUGGUUUUUAUUUUUUUUUAUUUUUUAUUUUUAUCGGGUCUUUUUCGAUUCUCCUUCUACUGAGAAUUCAUACGUAUCUGACUUUUAUUUUGGUUAUUGCAUCCUGGAGCUUUAAGUGUCGCAUUCAGAUUUUAUUUUCAUGAUUUCUUCGUUGUAUAUGUGCCGGGUUAUCAGAGCUUUUACAGAAUACACUUGUUUAGUUCAAUUACUGUGUUUGUGUAUGCCCAUGACCAAAUGUCAAGCCAUAACGUUGAGUAAACUUCUCGGAACUACCCACUUUAUUUUAGAUACUUCUCAAAGAACUCCGCCGCCUGUGCAUACCCUCGAACAUACUCCUU